GUGUUUCAUCUCCACUUUACCUUUUUCAUGUGCGUCACGACUCACGACCCACGACAUUAACAAAAACGAAUUCACCAAUUGCAAAAAUUGAAAUGGUUCUUCUUCUCCGAACAUCAACAUUAACAUUGCCACAAAAACCGGUCCAAAAUCCAAAUUGUCCGAAACCCAUUCUCUUCUCUCCUCCUCCUUCAUCAAACUUCAUUACAGUUUCACAAUAACAAUGGUUGUUGAAGCUCAUCAGCUAUUUCUCCCAAAACCCCCUUUCUUUUCACCUUCUUUCCCUUCUCCACCCCCUCACUUUUCUUCUUUCCUCUUUGACCCUUCUUCUCUCUCUUUAGCUCUCUUCCAUUCCGAUUCCUCUAUCUCUCUCUACCCUUCUUUUUCCCCUUUCUCUCUCUCCUCCUUUCCUCCUCCUCAAACCACCAUCCCUCCGCCCGUCUCUGCCGCCGCUUUCCUCCUCCUCCGGAACCCUUACCCUACUACCCUCUUUCUCAUCUCUUCUCCUAUCUCCGGCGGUUCCUCCAUUCUCCUCCGCUUCUACAUCCUCAACGCCGCCCGGAAAAGUUUUGCUCCGGCGAAAGUUGUGUGCAAUCACAGUGAUUUCAAGUUUGACGAGAGUAAAUCUGGGGUUGUUUUUAGGGUUUCUCAUGGGGUUUCGCUGAAAUUGGUUGGGGAUGUGAAUGUGUUUGCUCUAUACUCUAUUUUGAAUGGUAAAAUUUGGAUUUUUGCUGUGAAGCACCUGAGGGAUAAUGAGGUGAAGCUAAUGAAGUGUGCUGUGAUUGAUUGUUCAUUGCCGGUGUUUUCGAUUAGUCUUUCGUUUGGGUUCCUGAUUUUGGGGGAAAAUAAUGGGGUUAGGGUUUUACCCUUGAGGCCAUUGGUCAAAGGAAGAGUUAUUAAGAAAGAGAAGAAGAGUUUGAAUGGAGGGUUAGAAAAAGAUAAGAUGGAGAUAAAAAAGGUGUCUUUACGAAAUGGGAUGAUUAAUGGAAUUAAUGCUGAGAUUUGUUCUGCUGAUGGUAACAAAUUCACUACGGAAUUGAAGUUCCCUUCCACUGGUGUGUUGGAGGAAAGGAUCGAAAACCGCACUGGAUCAGCAAAGUUAAGGUCUGUGAGACUUACACAAAAUUCCAUAGAAUGGAUUGCAAGCUUUGUGGCAUUCAAGAGCAAGGAUGAUAAUUUCGAGUCAAUCAAGAUGCCGGCUAAGUCAGCAAAAGCAAUUGGCAUUCAGGCCUUGUCUUCAACCAAGUAUCUGAUCUUGGACUCUGAAGGAAAUCUUCACCUCUUGUUCCUGGCAGCUUCUGUCCAGGGAUCAGAGACACCUUAUUACAUGAAACAGUUGACUCACAACAUGAAAGUUCGAAAGCUCGUUGUUUUCCCGGAUUCUUCUACAAGAUCACAGACUGUUUGGAUGUCAGAUGCACUCCAUACUGUUCACAUGAUGGUGGUGACGGACAUGGAUACUUCUGUCAAUCAAACUGACAGCAAAGACCCUGCAGAGAAGCUUGUACAUACUUCAGUUGUGCAAGCAAUAUUUUCCAGUGAAAAGGUCCAAGAAAUUGCAGCUUUGGCUGCGAAUACAGUAUUGCUUCUUGGACAAGUAUGUUUGCAUAUGCAAUUUCCUAGAGAUGCUGAGUGGUUCUUUUUGGUCAGUGAGUCCUCCCCUUCAUUAACAUACUUUUUCUACCAGUAUUUUGGAUUUUCUGACAAGGCUAUUCACGUUUCACAUUUGGAUAGAAAAGUAAUGCCAAUCGGGUGGUUUUGCUGGAGUUCUCUUGUGGGAGGAUUUUUGAGCUGCAGCUGUCAAUAUCUAUCAAAUGGUUCAUAUCAAGUGAAGGAGACUGAGCUCUUGAAAGAAGCUAUUGGAGGAUCUGACUAUUGGCUGUUGGGCGAGGUCAACUCUUUCAGCAAUUGAUGCCCGCGUGCUGCACGACUUCCAUGACUGCAAAGAUAGUGCAUUGUAACCACUGAAGCUGUGCAUGUAUGAUGAUAUAAAUGUUACAUGUGUUCCUGGUCUUUGCUACUGGAAUCCUCAACAUUGAUGGGGUAUGAGAUCAAGCAUCCAUGUUGAAACGUGUGGUAAGAGGGCUUCUGCCAUUGUAUUGGUCUAAUAUCGGCUUGUUUUUGGAAGUUUAGCUUCUUUCUGUAAUAAGCUUGUCAGAAUUAUGUAUGUCAGAUAUGGGGUUAUGGUUAUACUGAUACCUGGAUACUUAAGCUGUCAUACUACAUCGUUAUUCAUAGACCACAUAUUAUGGAAUAAGAAGUCUUUAGCCUAUUCAUGAUUGUAGUCGAGAAUCAUCUCGAGGAUGUUAAUUAGCGGGGUAACAAUUUCCUCCUUUGACGUUCUAUCUCUUUAUUGCUAUUAUCUCUUGCCUUU